AUGGAAGGGAAGAAGGAAGAGUUGCGUGAAAUGGUAGGACGCCGAUAUCGCGAUGUUUUGGAAGCAUCCAGUGAGGUGAGAAACAUUAGAAAACUUGCCGAAACCUUAGCGGAAGCUGUAUCGAAUGCCAGAACAACGCAAUCCGUGGUUGAGCCGAGACCUCUGACUCGCGAGCAGCAAGCUUCAGUGCAACGUUUCAUUGCGUUGCACAAACUUGUCGCUAUGAUCGGAGAUCCUGAUGGCGACGCUCUUAGUGAUGCAUUCGCCCUCACACUAGCCGAACUUCUUCACAAAGAGCUUGCCACUGAACCCUUAUCUCCAUCGGUACAUUUUGGUUUUUUUGGUGUUGGUCAAAAUAGUGCUCUUAAAUCUGUUGCAGAUGCAUUCCGUUGUAUCCGGUCUCACUGGACGGCUUAUUCGUACACGGCGUCAGCUACUUGCUGA